AUGCCCUUCCCGGGAUUGGACCGGGGGUCUCCCAUUGACGGUGCGUUCUACAGAAGACGGCCGGAAUCUAAAGUCGCUCUGCAAGGGGACACAGUAAGUCUUGUCUGUGCGUUUAAUGGAUUAAGCAGUACGAGUGCCGUUAACUGGCAAGGACCACCGGAUAACAGCAUCAUCUCUAACGGAAGAGAAACUUACGUGUCCUACAAACGACAUAAGAUAGUCGGAGACCCUUCCCGCGGAGACUAUAACCUACAGAUUAAGGAUGUGCGGGUGGAGGAUACCGGAGACUACAGAUGUUCCACUCCCAGUGUCAGCGCGGCUGCGCACGCCACGCUUACUGUCGUCGUACCAAUGGUCGGCCCUCCUGACAUCACCGGUGCAGAGCUCCCCCUAACGGCCGGAGACGAACUGCUGCUACGGUGCCGGUCGCGAGGCGGCUUCCCUCCCCCUCGGCUCACCUGGUACAACGGCACCCACCGGUUCGGCUCGGAGGACACGGCUGGCGAUGACGAGGGCGGCAGCGUCACGCUGGAGCUGUUCACCGCGCGGGUCUCCAAGUGGGACGACGGCGCCAACUUCACCUGCGUGGCCGACCAGGGUUUUCCGGAUAUCGUCAGAACUCGGGCGGCGUCUAGGACACUAAGGAUCCAUUACCCGCCGACCGUAUCCGUCCCCUCCCCCUCCGUUCACGCCAGGGAGGGUCAGGCCGUCAACCUCACCUGCUACGUCGACGCCAACCCGAAAGCAGCCGUCACCUGGCAGAAAUUGGGAGGCAUCUUGCCUAGGCAGAGCAUACAAAGAGAGCGGAGUCUGCAGCUGCUGAAGGUGUCCAAGUACGACAGUGGUGCGUACCAGUGCCGGGCGGAUAACCGCAUCCUGCCCAUCGGUAUCGGCUCCAUCCGGCUUGAGGUGUUCUACCCGCCACAGAUCGACUCCACUUUGGACAACAAGGUCACGGUUAUCUACGGAAACGACGACUUCUCCCUCAGCUGUUUCGCGGACGGAAACCCGAAACCGAACAUCCGGUGGCGGCGGAAGGAUACAAGUUUGUACUGGGAAAACCCGCUGCGGUUCCACCGGGUGCGCUACGACGUGGAGGGGACGUAUCAGUGCGUGGCCACCAGCGAUGGCUUCCCUGUCGUCACGAAAGAUGUAGCGAUAGACGUUGCCGGAAAGCCUCACAUCGAGGCCCGUACGUCGCAGGUGUACGUCAAUCAGGGUGACAUCGCCAAGUUCUACUGUGACGUCACCAGCGACCCCCUGCCCAAGUCCGUGGCCUGGCUGUGGAGAAACAGCGACGGGGUGGAGAGCGUUGUCAUGGAAACCAACAACGGCGUCACCAUGGCAGAGAAGACCCUGGGCGGGACCAAGACGGCAACCCUGGCCAUAGACCACGUGACCGGUGACGAUGAGGGCAUCUACAUCUGCAAGGCCGCGAACAUGUUCGGGUCGGACCAGCGGGAGGUCAGGCUGAUUGUGAAAGAAUCCACCUCCUCCAUCAUCGCCAUCAUCUCCAUCUCGGCGGUGGUGGUUGUCCUGGCAGCCGUGACCGUCAUCGGAGUCUUCGUCGCCAAGAGGAAAGGACUGCUCUGUGCGGAUGAGAAGCCUACCACCCCAGCUCUGACCCCGUCCCGGCCCGUCCCGCCCCUGCCGAAGUACGGGCGGAAACCCGGCCACGGCACGAACGACUCCGGUGUGGAGGACCUGGAGAUGCAGGAGAUGGACGGCACGCUCAAACCGCGGCCUCCGCCCAGAGUGGACAAGGACUGGACUUCCAUAGGACUCUCAUACCCACGUUUGGCCCACUCCAACACCCUCCCGCCGUACUCCACGGUGGAGCGGCAGCGGCCGGACGGACAGGACCCCCGCCUGUCAGCCUGCAUACAGGAGGAGACCAGCGUGGCCGUGGCGGUUGAAGUGGAGCCCCCGCCACACCCGCCCCGAGACAAGAAGGGCCCGUGGAGGCGGCAGGGCGGAAACAGCGCCGCCUUGCGGGCGGGAAACAACCACCAGGCCGAGAACAUGCUCAACGAGAUACAGGCAGACAGCUUGUGAUUAUUCUGUGAUUCAAGUUUGGACAAGUUUGACAAGUUUUGUUCAAAAUGCACAGGCUUUUUUUUACGAGUUUGCUCAGUGCAAGGCCAUUGACCACUUCUAGGCACUUUAAAAAGCUGAUAUAAUUUACAAAAUGCACAAGGAUUAUUCAACUAUAUUCGGCAGUUCGACGUUGUGCUCCACUGUACUAGUAUUAACUACAGUAACUGUACAGUUUUGCGUGCUCCGUAUGUGUUCAGGGAGGAAUGACUCUCGGGUAUUCAACAGCAAAUUAGUAGCCUGUACCACCCAGUGUGUCAGUCAACGUGUAUUGUAACGGGCUAGUAGGCAACUACAGAAGAAAAGGGGGGGGGGGGGCUCAUGUCUUGACUUUGUCUUAAAAAGCCAUGUUGAUUCGAAUGUACGGUUGACAUCCCCCCAAAACGAUGCGAAAAAAUGGGGGAGGAAUUGCCUUCGUUGUGAGUUCUGAGUCAUUUGUAAUGUUGAACGAUUGACUUAACAAACAGAGAUCGUAUUGCGAACAGUGGUCAUUUUCGCUCUUUCACAUCUUCAGUGACUUUUUUUAUUUGAACGACAUAAGUAUCUUUUUUUCUCUGUUUUUACGGCAUAAAUUUGCUGAUUUUGUCGUUCCUUGUUACGACUGAUAGUAUGGUCGAAAACCUGGGAGUAUGAACAUUGAUUUGCAUGUGGAUGUCAUACAAUGGAAUCACUAUGUCCUAAGCUUUAGUCUU